CUCUAGAACAUCCCUCCUGCUCUGCGGCCGGCUCUACGACAUCCCUCCUGCUCUGCGGCCCUAUGUUGAGCACGACAAAUUAUUGGUGGAAACGAUUCCAACAACGGUGAUGGUGGCUCUCUAUAAAAGCCAGCUGGCAGAUAUGCUACAGAUGAUGGAUUAUGCACGAGGGAAGCUGCCAUUUUUGAAUCUCCGCUGGAGGGUGAUGCAUUCUUCGAUGAAUGGGAGGCUGAACUGGUUUCGUACAGUCUUCCACAUUCUUCACAACAACUGGACAGCACUGAUGACGUACAGGUGGCAGCCGAUUUGCAGGAGUGCCUUUUUAUGCUUCAGGAGCUGCGUGCAAGUUUUCUCACAGUCUCGGACAGCAAUUGAAGGAGGCUCUUGUACCACGGGCUCUGCUGGAACGGCAGGUCACACUCCUUCCAAUCUGGAGAGUGGCGAUCGCGCUACGUGCGCCCAGCCGGUGAUAUUUGGAAACAACAAAGAUGACGAGGAGGGAGGCAUCCAGCGAGACGGGGUUGCUGGAGAUACUGAUCCAGGGGGCGCUGAAGAUACACCUCGGCGCUGCCACCUCCGUGACCAGCAACGAAAUCGACAUCUACAAAAGUUCGGUGAGGCCAUAAUGCUCGAGGCAGCUCCUGUACAGUCACAACGUUCCCAAGGGAAGCAGUCGACUGGAGUGAUGAUGAUUAAUGAUCUGGGGGCUAUCCACAACUCCCUCUCUGUGAAGUUGGGGGCAGGAGCGGGUGAGAUAAAUCAGCGUGAGAUAGACGAUACGCUGUGCAAGGAGAGGAGGUACAGUGUGCUGAUGAUUAGGCACAGCGCGCACAGCACAAAGGUCCUGGAGCACAAUGGGAGGAUGUGCAGUUACAGCAACUAGUGACUACUUACAAUGUAUUCUCCCCUGUGAUGCGAGUGGCUGGAUCCACUGUGAUGAACGAGCAGGGCAUUAAAGAAAGACAGUUGAAGAGAGCUAAGACACACCCACGAAGGUAACGAAGGUAUCGAGGAAGGCAACCAGGGGACGAUCAAGAGAGACUAUCACAUCUGCUUCAGAGAUUGGACAACGGUGGAUCAAAGGAUCCCGUUGCGGCCGCCCUCGGACUUUCCUCGAUCCCUUCCCUACCCAUCAACUGACCAUAGUGGACAUGCAAUGGUACGGAGCGGUAUGAGCAGGUCAGCAGCAUCAAUAAAGGGUAUCGCAAAAG